AUGAGGAGGAAAUGCAAGUUCUCUUUACUACCGAGCUUGAAGAGAGGAGUAAUUGUAUGCGCUUCUGAUUCUAAUCCUGCGGAAUCCAAUUCUUAUACACAGGAAAACACUAGUUUGCGGAUUAAUGGGGGUAAUGGGGUGGAACCAUUUCGUGAAAAAUUGGGUUCCAUUUCAUUUGCUGGGGUGACUCAUCAGUUGGUUGAAGAAAGUAAAUUAGUGUCAACUCCUUCCGCAGAAGGCACUAGCUCAUUUCUCUGGGCGUGGGCUCCUGUUGCCCUAAUUUCAUCACUGGUCCUUCCGCAGCUCUUCAUUGGUGCUGCAAUUGAUGGCUUCUUUAGUGAUGAGAUCCUCUCAAGUGCAUCAGUGAUGGUGAAAAUGCUAGGGUAA